GUAAAACCAGGGAGAGACAGAAGAGAGAUUGGAGGAGGAGCAGAAAAGAAGAGAAUCAUUCCAAGUUGUAGCCUUUAAUCGAGCCCAUUUUGCUGCACAUCCAAACCAGCAAAACCCUCAAACGAAACGAACAAAAGCUCCGCGUACUAGCUACAGGGGCUAUAAUGGGGUCACUCGCCGGCGACCAAUUAGAGCGAGAAGAAAAGGGUAGUGAAAGAAACGGCGGCGUCCCUGAUCUGCUGGAAGAAGCGUGGUUCUUCAGGAAGCUGAUCGAUGGAAGCAGCGGAGGGAAUAACAAGCCGGCGUCAGGCAAAUUCAUGGGGAGGUGUUUUUCUGAUCCCACUUCUUCACAGAGCGUCGUCCCUCCAGCGCCGCCGAAAGGCGAGGGUGGUGGCUUGGUGAGGGCGCCGUCGUUGCCUCCCGGUAUCGGGAGAAGAGGCGCCGGUGACUACGCCGCUGAGGGCAGGAAGUCUGGUGGGAAGAGGAAUAACGGUAAAUCGUUGAAAACAGGGGAUAUGACGGUAUCAAGUAAGAAGGGGAGUAAAAUUAAGCCAUCUGGCGGCGGCGGGAGGAAUCCGGGGAGCUUGGCGAGAGCGCCGUCGCUGCCUCCGUGGAUAGGGAGGGAGGAAGAAGAAGAAUCGGAUGGGGAAGAGAGUGGUAUGAGUAUGAGCAGAUUGAUUCAACAGGCCAUGUCCUCUUCUCUCGACGAUAUCUCUACUCUUACCAAACACUCUGUUUCUUCUCCAAAGAGCAUGAUUAGGAGUUCCAGGAGCAUGAGAAACGAGGUGAGAGAUGAUGGGGGAAGAAGAAGAAUAAGCCCAGAGGCCAGAGAUGACCAGAGGGUAAUUAGUAGGCAAAGUGGCAAGAUUAGUACGACUAAUCACAACAAUAAUCCUCCUCCUCCUCCUCCCAGUAAUCCCAAGGGAAUCAGGAAAUUGACCAAGACAAUGAGCAACCUUGAGAUCCAACACGAUCAAGCCAGUUACUACGAGUCAAAGAAGGCGGCGAUGAGGCCACAGAGGCCCAGUUAUGACCAUUUGCUCAGGUGUGGAGGCCCACCGAUCCCGACGUGGGCUCCGGGCCCCACUUCCAAUGCCAAGACGACGACGGCUCCUGCUACUUCGUCAGCUGAAGAUAUCAAGGCCCAUCUCAAGGUCUGGGCCAGGACUGUGGCUGCUAACAUACAAUGAUGAAAGUGGACUCCAAUUCAGUUCUACGGGUUUCAAAGUCUGAGUUCUGACCAAGACCAAAAUCAAAGAAAAUUAAUUAUUUUUGUAUGGUUUUGGUUUAACCUUAACCAUCACAAUCAUUAUAAUCAACAAUCUUAUUAUUGUUCAAGAGUUCAUCACAGAGAACAAUAAAUUAUUUUUGUAAAC